AUGAUAAUCAUUAAUAAUAAUAAUUAUCGGCAAUUUAUUGAUGCACAAUUAUCUAAACACAUAUUCCAAUCAGUUCAAGAAAAACUUAUAGAUAAAGCAGAAAUAUUAGUAGGUAAUCGUGCUGAGUUAACAGAUUGGCCGAGAUUGAAAGAAGCCCUGAUUCAGUGUUUCGCUGAUCGUAGAAAUAUUGACUGUUUAGUACAAGAACUCACUAGAAUGAAACCAUUUAGGAACGAACCAUUGAUGAACUUUGGAAGUCGAAUUCAAUUAUUAAGAAGUAGUAUAGCACAGAAAAUUAGUAAUAAUCCUAACAUAACUAACGCGGAGAAAGUGUGCCAAAUAAACCAUUAUGAUAAAACUGCACUUAGUACUUUUAUAGCAGGUUGUAGUGGUACCUUAAGAAAUAACUUGCAUCUUAAAAAUCCAGCCUCACUGGAAGAUGCAAUGGCCUAUCUGAACGAAUUUGAAAACUUUGAAAAAUUAUAUGGCAAUCUAAAUGACAAUAACCGAGCAACGACGUCCAGAUUUAAUAGUAAUUAUCGACAACCUUAUCCACAACCAAGAUACUAUCCUGAAAACCAAACACCACCCUCUUUCCAACAACCCUAUCAUUCCGUUGACAAUAAUAAACCAGUUAAUCAAUUCCCCAGUCAACCUAUUAACAUCCAACCUAGACAAAUGCCCCCUAGACAAUACCCGACGAACAAACAAGUAUUCGGACCUCCACAAAACGUUUUCAGACCAAACCAAAAACCCAUGCACUAA